AUGAGCCCUUGUUGGGAGUCCUUUGAGCCGUCAGCGAGUCCCCUGGUCCACACCAAGCCCGAGUGCCCAGUCAUCGAACCGCCCGUCGACCCAGACUUGUUCCGACAUGGCGCCCACUCCACGCAUCAUAAACAAGGACGCCAGACUUCCUACUGGCUCCCCCCACUAUCUUACAUGCCCAACGACCAAACCUGCAUGAGCAUCCACACCCACUUUGUUCCAGGAGCGCAAACUCGGACGAUUCCAGCGUCUGCUCUGGUUGAUAAUGUAUCGGAACCCGCCGCUGAUUCGACGUAUUCGGGAAGAGAUGUGUCUAUGGGCGCUUCUUCCAGCGCUACGAUGCAGGAGAAUGGAAGGGGGCGAUGUACCUCCGCAGGUUGCCGCUCUUGA